AUGCUCGAGGCAACUGGCUUGUCCCUUCAACUAGACGAUGGUCGCUAUCUAUUCAAGAAUGUUGACAUUCACUUGAGUCAAAACGAUGUCUUGGUGUUACGAGGACCAAGUGGUGCAGGCAAAACGACGCUAUUGAAAUGUCUUGCCGAGUUGGUGCCUUACGAGUCUGGAACUAUCAAGCUACACAACAAAACAGCCAACGACUAUGGAGUACCCCUGUGGCGAUCCAGGGUCAUGUAUGUGCCUCAACGACCAGCUAUUCAUUCUGGAUCUCCGAUGGAUCUAUUCAACAUGGCCAAGAACUUUGCUAGUCAAAAGGAAAAGAAAGCAUUUGGUGACCCAGCACAAAUUGGUAUGCAAUGGAACUUAUCAGAAUCACAUUUCACCGAAAAAUGGAGCAACCUUUCUGGUGGUGAGAUGCAACGUGCCUCUUUGGCUGUGGCAUUGGCUUUGAAUCCUGAAAUCUUGUUACUGGAUGAACCGACAUCGGCAUUGGAUCCCGAAUCGACACUUCUUGUUGAAAAGACGCUAAAGACGAAGACAUGCAUUUGGAUCACGCAUAGCCCUGAACAAGAAGCACGCGUUGCUACCAACACAUUGACAUUGAAACGUUUGUAUGGCAGCAACAAAUCUUUGGAUGAGGAUGAUUCGAUCUCGGAAAGAACAGCAGCUGAUAUGGCCAUUCGUAUGUAA